AUGGAGACCAUCAGCAACGUGGUCCACAAGGCCUCCACUGCCAUCUGGGGCGAGGAUAACUCCUCUCCUCAGGAACAGUCCGUGGAGCCACACGGGGAUGAACCCAUGUCUGGCGUUCAGGGCAAAGGCGCCGCCAACGAUCCGUUUGACGCCGGAAACCGCGAGGAUCAAUCCGACAACGCGGAUUCAAUCGACGAAUCCACACCCACGGUAGACAGCCCAAGCGCCAAGAAGACUAUCACCGAGCCCAGCUCAAAAUCCAAUAGCGACCCCAUCCUGACCGGACAACCCAUGUCCAGCUCAACAGAAACAAGCGGCGCCAGCGCCGGCGGAAGUAGCAGCACCAACGAGAAACAAUCCACCGGCGGCAGCGAGCAACGCAACGUCGAGAAAGCCGAUGCCGAGAAAACUGAUGCCGAGAGCAGUCACCCGCCCUCGGCAAUGGAUGAUCCCAAUUUAAAGGUUAGCGAGGAGGCCUUGAAAGGUCCUCAAGGUCCGGCGCCGCAUUCGGCGUCUGAGUUUGAGAAGGACAUGGAUUCGAAGGCUCCUCCUCCUAGUAAUGAUGAUGCGCCGAAAGCGGGCGGCGCGACUGAAGGCAAGGAGAAUGGUCAGAAGCACAGUACCAUGUCCCGGAUGAAGGAGCGUCUGAACAAGGUCACUCAUCUGCAUCACUCCAACAAGUAA